AUGUUUGUUUUUGCUGAUUUGAGGAUCGUCGAAAGAGCUGGAACCAUGAAUGAAGACGUUACGAGACUCAGUAAGGAGCGUGUUGGGCGAAGAUCGUUGCCCGUUGGUUUACGCAGACAUUCGUAUGGGACGAAUGUUUCGCAGGAAGAGACCUGUGGCGGUGGAGGAAGAUUGUUUUGGUUAUCAAUCUUGAGGAAGAGAGAAGGAGGGCAGAGGAUGGAUGUCGAUGAGAAGCAAGCCCAAGGCACGCGUGAAGGAGUGGACUCGCUCGAAGAUUGGCUCAAGAUUGGGCAGAAAGUGAGCAAAGUGACAGGCACAGACAGGCACAGACAAGGGGCCGGGGCCUGCAGCUCUAAACCCUGGAAGAGGGGACCCGACGCCGACCGGGGGGAUGGGAUGGAAGCUGGAGGCAGCCAGUGGGAGAGGCAGACGGCGUGGGCGCCAGGUGGGCCCGAAGAAAUCCAGGAGAAGUCUGGCGGCCGUGCUUCUUUGGCCUUGCAUUAG